CCUCAGAGUAUUUGGUUACGACUAGGUGAACGUUGCCUCUCACACCAUCACCUACUUUGAUCCUUAGGUUUACGACUAGAAUUGUCUUUACGUCUUUCCUCAUGGCUCCUGACCUUGACGCUCUCGCAAAAUUCAGGACAGAUGGAUAUAAAGGCCUGAAAGAGCCUGGUGGCGACGCUUAUGAGAUCCCUGAUAUCCAGCCGUACAGCCCCUUGGCACGAAAGAUAAGAGUGCUGUCCAUCGGGGCCGGUGUGACGGGCAUUUUAAAUGCCUACAAUAUCCAAAAACACUGUCAGAAUGUGGACCAUGUCAUCUAUGACAAGAAUGAUGAUAUUGGCGGUACUUGGCUUGAAAAUCGAUAUCCCGGGUGUGCUUGUGAUAUACCGAGCCACGCAUAUACCUACCCCUUUGCUUUAAAUCCCGACUGGCCUCAGUUCUUCUCUCAUGCACCCGACAUUUGGGCGUACCUUGACAAAGUUUGCUCAGUUUGGGAUCUUAGAAAGUAUAUGACGUUCAAUACGGAGGUGGUGGGUUGCUACUGGCAAGAGGAACAAGCUAAAUGGCAGAUCAAACUGAAGCGCACAAACCCAGAUGGCACAACUCAAGUCUUCGAGGAUUGGUGCCAUCUUCUUUUACACGGCACAGGCGUCUUGAACAACUUCAAAUGGCCAGAUGUCCAAGGCAUUGAGAAAUUUAAGGGAAAGGUUAUGCACACAGCAAGAUGGCCAAAGGACUAUCAGUCCGAGCAGUGGAAACAAGAACGUGUGGCGGUAAUAGGAUCAGGAGCAAGUAGCAUUCAGACCGUUCCUUCCAUGCAGCCACAUGUCAAACACAUGGAUGUAUUUGUCAGAACCGGUAUUUGGUUUGUCGACAUUGCGGACAAUUACGGCCAGAAUCAUGUGUAUACAGACAGCCAGAAAUCCGAUUUUCAUCGGGAUCCAGCUAACCUUGUCGAGCACGCAAAGUCAAUCGAGGAUAAGGUCAAUGGUAUAUGGCCAGCGUUCUAUAGCAACUCGACGGCCCAGGAGGAAGGCAAGAAGAUUUUCCGGAAGAGGAUGGCGGAAUUCAUCAAAGAUGAGCGGCUGCUCGAGGGAUUCACGCCGAAGUUUGGCGUUGGAUGCCGCAGGGUGACACCGGGGGAUCCCUAUAUGCUGGCGAUUCAAAAGCCUAAUGUCGAUGUCCAUUUCACGCCUGUCACACGGAUCACGGAGAACAGCGUCGUCGGUGGCGAUGGAACCGAGGUCGAAGUCGACACGAUCGUCUGUGCGACCGGGUUUGACGUCUCAUACCGGCCACGCUUCCCCAUUGUGGGAAAGAAUGGUGUCAACCUCGCCGACAAGUGGAAGCUGUGUCCCGAAGGUUACCUCGGGUUGGCCGUGCCGGAAAUGCCCAACUUUUUGACGUUCAUCGGACCGAACUGGCCUGUUGAGAACGGUAGUGUUAUGGGACCGUUGUACCACGUCAGCCUAUACGCGGUCCAGAUAAUUAAGAAGUUACAAAGCGAGUUCGUGGGAAGUCUGAUGCCUAAACAACAUGUCACAGAUGCCUUUAAUGAGCAUUGUCAAGAGUGGGUCAAGCAUACAGUCUGGUCGGAGGAUUGCAGGAGCUGGUACAAGAACAACGAAACCGGCCGCGUCAAUGCAGUAUGGCCUGGAAGCAGUUUACAUUAUAUCGAAAUCAUUAGGCAGCCGCGAUAUGAAGACUAUGAGAUUGAAUACCUUGGUCCCGCCAAGAAGAACAUGUGGGCGUUUAUGGGUAUGGGGACGCCACGGGCAUUAGUCGAGAAGGCCGACAUUAGUCCUUACUUAGCCCUUGGAAACUUGGAUCCGGAAUGGAUGGAGGCUGUCGUGUUCCUCGCGUUCUAG